AUGGAGAGUCUAUUUCAACGUCAAGAGAUACUCUCAGAAACAAUUAAUAAAAUUGGUGUAAACUUCAACAAGGACGCAGCUGCCCGUAAAACCACCGAUUACAUCAAAAAACGUGUGGAUACACUUGACGAGCUGUGGAACGAAUUUGAAAACAACCACAGCAGACUUCUUUACUACGACAUCAAAACAACAAUGUAUGUCAACACCAACAUGUACGAAAAAGUGAAGUCUAAAUAUGAGUCCAUCCGCAACACUCUUUUAACUUAUCAAGCCCCUCCUGACGGAAGGGAGGCAAAGGGAACUCCAUCAAAGUCCGACGAGUUGAUCAUGCAACAAGCUACCAACUUCAGAGCUCUAUCUCGGUUAAUUCGCAAUAUUGACAUUGAAACCAUUAACGAGAAGUGGGAGGUUGAAGACAAGUUGCAGAUGCUUCAGGCCAGGUGGAAAAUAAUAGAUGAAACACAUUGGCAGAUCGACAAUCUGCUUACUGAUUGUAACUUGGACUACGAGCAAGAUUUCACUGAUAACGAAAAUCGGUACGAGUCUGUUAAACGUCAAUUACAUCGCAAAUUGAACGCCACCACAUCCCAGAAUCAAUCUCUACCAAAAAUCGAGAUCCCUAUCUUCUCGGGUAACUAUGCGCAGUGGCCAACCUUCCUAGAUUUAUACAGAGAAACGAUUCACAACAACAUGUCACUCUCUAAAGCCCAGAAGAUGCAACAUCUUAAAGGGAGGCUCCGAGGUGAAGCGGAAAGGAUUGUCCAACAUCUUACGGUAUCGGCAGAAAACUACGAUGCGUGCUGGGACAUAUUAACACAUAGAUACGACAACAAACAGCUUCUAUUUACACGGCUAAUGCAAACGUUCAUGAAUCAACCCUCUAUCCAACACCAAAGUGCGUAUGAACUAAAACGGUUACACGAUACCACUCUUGAGACGACUCACGCAAUUAAUAACCUAGGAGUGGAUACAGCAACGUGGGCUCCUAUCUUAGUUCAUAUCCUUACAGGAAAGCUGGACGCCGACACCUAUACGUCUUAUAUGGAAACAAGAAAGGCCCCACGUGAGCUACCAACAUUCGACGAGUUUAUACAGUUCCUGGAAAGCAAGUUUACUGCCUUGGAACCCGUAACCAGGAAAAAACAGCAACCCAACUUUUCUACAGCGCCAAAACCUUAUAAUCCGCCAGAAAGAAAUCCACCUGCUAGAGACUAUUCGACGCCAUCACUAAGGGCAGUACAAAACAAACAGACACGUGCUCACCCACGAACGUACCACGUGAGCGCCGAACGAUCUUGUCCCUUAUGUAAAACAAACCACGUGUUAAUGAACUGCAAACUAUUUUCUGACAUGGCACCUGAUGCUAAAUUGAAAACAAUUUCACAAUUAAAUAUAUGUGAAAAUUGUCUAUAUUGCCACGAUAAACAAUGCCACUCCAAGAAAACGUGCCGUGUCUGCAACUUGCCGCAUCACACCUCGUUACACGACACUCUUCGCGUUGCUAAGCGAACUCCGCCACCGCCGGAGGGUCAACCACCUUUGCAACCUAAAUUCAAUCACGCCGUGCCUCUACAAACAUCUUCAAACCACGUGGCGGGCAACUAUAAUGAAGUGUUAUUAGCCACCCUACAAAUAAGGGUCAAGGCCAUUAACGGCACUUAUGUCACACUGAGAUGUUUACUCGACCAAGGAUCACAGAUCAAUCUCAUAACCGAGUCUGCAGUACAACGUCUCGGACUCCCUAGACAGCAUGAGAACGCCUCUGUAUUUGGAAUUGGAGCAUCUAACACCCAGAGUAAUGGAACCGUAUCAUUAAACUGCACUUCACUUUAUGGCGACUAUACAUUUACUACCAGCGCAUUAGUUAUGAAAAAGGUUCUAAAUAACUUGCCUAACUGCAGCUUCAAAAAACAACAAUGGCCACACCUACAAGACAUAAACUUGGCGGACCCCGACUACAAUGUUUCUCGACCUGUGGAUGUCCUACUCGACGCGGGUGUAUAUGCAGAAAUAGCUACAGGGUGCAUCUUACGUGGCCCUAGCGAAGCACCCAUAGCACUACAAACCAAGGUGGGAUGGGUCCUUCUCGGCAACAUGAAAACAUAUAAUUGUCAUGCUCUCAUUCAUAACCUAGAAGAAAUAUCACUAUUUUGGGAAUUAGAAGACAUUACUACAAACAAUAAUAAACAAAUGACUUCAGGCGAGGCGUGUUGUGAAACAUUAUACGCGAACUCGACACGCCGCCUCGUAGACGGUCGCUACGUAGUAAAAAUACCUAUGAAACAGAAUUACGAACAAAAAUUAGGUACAUCCAAGCGACAAGCAGUAGCGCAAUUCAGACAACUUGAAAAACGUCUAACGCAAAACGCAGAAUUGUCUGACAGUUACAAGGCGUUCAUAGGUGAAUAUGUGGAGCUCGGUCACAUGAAGCUCAGCACAGAAUCACGAGAGCCAAGCUGCUUCCUGCCACAUCACGGGGUUCUCAAACCCGAAUCUACUACGACCAAAUUGCGUGCCGUAUUCAACGCGUCUUCGAACACAUCGUCAGGGUACAGUUUGAAUCAACUUAUGGAAUGCGGCCCGAACCUACAACAAGAUUUACAAUCAAUGAUUUUACGGUGGCGAUCAUACCAAUACGUUUAUACGGCAGAUAUAGAAAAGUUUUACCGCCAAAUCUUGAUUGCUGAAGAAGACCAACAUCUUCAAAAAAUUGUAUGGAGGGACUCUACACUCGAACCAAUACAAGAGUACCAACUGUGUACAGUAACCUAUGGUACUAAGGCCGCACCAUUCCUCGCUAUGCGCACAAUUAAGCAACUGAUUAUGGAUGAGGGCAAGUUCUAG